AAAAAAUAAAAAUAAAAACGAAAGAAAAUCCUUACAUAUCAAUCUCUGACAGGCGAUUCUUUCUUUGUUCUUCUCGAAAUUCUCUGAACAAAAUCUUCUAUCUCUCGCCAUCAAUCAUCGAUUCGUCAUUGCUUCCUCUGCUUCUCCAUUCUCUUUUUGCCCCUUGAUCUGAUCCGACUGCUCUUUAUGUCCGUCUUUUGAUCUGCAUUUGGGUGAGUUUUCUGAUCAUGCUCUGUUUUUAAAGCUGAUUCUGCAUUAUCAUCUUAUCUCGUCAAUCAAAUCUAAGUAGAUUUUCUGAUUUAUUUUCUGCUUCUGUUUGUUGUUUUUGUAAAACUUUCGUACAUAAAAAAUUUUCUAAGCUUGUGCCCAUCUCGAUCAUGCAAAAUAAUCCACAAAUAGUUUGGUAAACUAGUAGAGAGGGAAGACGAGAUUCAGAUAAGUAGCCUCAGGUGGUUCAAAAAGUAGAUUAUACCAACUAUAGGCUAGCAAACGACUUGUCGCUCGCCCACUGAAUUGACAGAUAGCCAAAUAAACCAUGAUCAUCUGAAAGAGUCUUCUAUCUUACCGAAGAAUUGACAGAUUGCCAAGUAAACCAUGAUCUUCUAUAAGAAUCUUCCAUCUUACCGAAGACCCCAAAUCAAGUUGAUUUGAAGAAUCCAAAAAUCAGAUUACUUCAUUUGGCAAUUCGCCAGAUCCUGAAGCCCUAAAAGCGAAAAAACGUCUGGAAGAAGAUUGAAAUUUCAGAUCUUGAAAGCUUUUUCUGCAAGCAUGAGUUUCGUGUUCAGAGGUUCAAGAGGAGAUAUAGAAAGUGGGUUUCCGAGCUUUGCUCCUGAACGGCCUACAGUGCGUAUUCAUGCUGCCCGGCCAGUUAAUUCCAAUUCACUUGCUUUUCUUGUCACAGUUCUUUUGUUGUUCAUGAUUUUGAAUUCUCACCAGAUAUCACCAAACUUCCUGCUUUGGCUGGUUGUGGGUGUGUUCUUGAUGGCCACAAGCCUGAGAAUGUAUGCUACUUGUCAACAACUUCAAGCUCAGGCCCGAGCUCAUGCUGCUGCUGCUAGUGGUUUGCUUGGUCAUACCGAAUUGCGUUUGCAUGUGCCCCCAUCCAUAUCUUUUGCAACAAGAGGACGACUACAAGGACUCAGGCUCCAGCUUGCUCUUCUUGAUCGUGAAUUUGAUGACCUAGAUUAUGAAACCCUCAGAGCUCUCGACUCUGAUAAUGUUUCAACAACUCAUUCGAUGAGUGAGGAAGAGAUAAAUGCCUUACCUGUCCACAAGUACAAGGUCCCUGGCUCAGAGAAUCCUAACACAUCACAGCAGCAGGCAUCAUCUUCUUCACCUUCAGCAGAGAUGAAGCAAGACUCUAGAAAGACAGAUGGGAGUGUGAAGGCUUCAGAAGAUGAAUUAACGUGCUCUAUAUGCUUGGAGCAAGUUAAUAGAGGGGAACUUGUUCGGAGCUUGCCAUGUUUGCAUCAGUUUCAUACGAAUUGCAUUGAUCCAUGGUUGCGGCAACAAGGGACAUGUCCAGUAUGUAAAUAUCAGGUGAGUUCAGGAUGGCAGGAAAGCAGAGAGAGCGAAUCAGAUGGUCCAGACUAAAGACUACAAAUAAUGUAAUCUAUAGAGAUGAUAUUAGAGUACAUCAUAUCCAUCAUUUUGUAGCUUGCAUUAAAAUAAAUCCAUUUCUGGUAAAUCAUGUACAUAAACCCAACCCUUUGCUAAAUCAGAGAGAAUGAAGUUUUUUCC